AGGGCGUAUGCAGGCAGGCUAGCAGCAGGCUGCUCCUCCUCUGGAGAGCUUGCUCUCCCCUGCUGCACCACUACAGACUGCUACAACCAAAGAUAAAGUGUCUUGAUUUCUACCUCUUUAGUGAGUGUCAAACAUGGAUGGUUUCCAAGCAAUGAUGGCAUUCUUUAUUAACUGGAAAACUACUGUAGGUUACAGUUUUAUGGCGCUGCUGACAAUGGGAGGUGAACGUCUGUUUUCUCUUGUUGCUUUCAGAUGCCCCUGCAGCAAUGAAAACUUCAGGUACGGUUUGGUAUUUCUCUUCUUCCCAGCUUUUGUUUUACUAAUUAUUGGAUAUUUCAUCAAUCGCAAGACCUGGAAACUUUUUACGGGCUGCUGGGUGAAUCCCAGAAAAAUAUUCCCCAGAGGGAAUAUCUGCCAUUUCACUUUAAAUGCUCUGGUAGCGCCAGUGAUGUGGCUUUUUGUGGCUUUGCUCAAUGGGACUUUUUAUGAAUGUGCCAUGAGUGGCGUGAAAAAUCCCGCCUAUUUACGUGCAGUUUGCCUCAGCAAAUCUACAAAGUGCUUUGAAGAGCUACACAAGGUAGCCUGUGACAGAGGCUCCAUGACCUUUCCAGAAAGUGAUGAACUGAAACGAACUCUUCAAGCACAGUCCCAGAUUUUAGGCUGGUGUGUGAUAGCUACCACAGCUCUUCUGUCCCUGCUAACCACUUGCUGCGUCAGCUGCCAGUCGAAAGUCGGCCACCUCCAGCUCCUGUUCUGGAGGGUGUAUGCAGAGAAGGAGAAGGAGCUGGAUCAGAUUUUCCAGCUGUAUGCCACCAAACUGAGCGAGAGAAACCUGCAGUGCCUUUUUGAGAACAAGGAGCCAGAAGAGUUUCCCUUGCCAGAUUUUCAGGAGUGGGAAGCUGCCUCCCAGCUCUACUCUUUCAGCAGUAGCAAACAGCAUUACAGCACAAUUCACAGGCUAGUUGAAGAAGGCCCGAAAGAAAUCAAAGUGGAAAGACAGACAGUUCUAGACUUCGUAGACAGAAGGGAAAUAAAAUAGAUCAAGUAUGUUUUCAGCUUUUUAGUAUCUUGAUAAUAUAGCAUACUUCUAGCUGGUUUCAUGUCUAUGUUUUUUUCACAAUGGCCUCUUUCUUCUUCAUGACAUUCUCUCCCAGUUACAAACUUGCUCCAAAAGGAUGGAAUGAAAUUACUUCCCUACAUCAGUGAAAAGGCUGCAGUCCUCCAUGGCACCCAGGGUUCAUGCUCUACUAACGACACUGGCUCUGGAUCAAGAGCUGACAGCAAAAAGAGAUGAAUACUGACUUCUACAAGAGGGUUUUAACUAUACCCUAUGUAAAAGGCACUAUAGUAUGCUCAUCCUAUGUAAAUGAAGAGGCUAUCAGAAAGCAACACCAUUUAAAAGGUAUGAAUAUAAUAAUAGAUGUGUGUGGCCUUCUGACAGCCCACAAAAAGUAAAGGUUUUGCUUCCAGGUCAUUUCCAAGCCAUUUGCAGGUACAGCAUUGUUUUGACGCAUCAGUGGUCACUCAAGGCAUCUCAGUGUCUGCACCUAGAACACUACAGAUGGUCAUGGUGAACAGCCUUGGUCUUCUAGUCCCUGAGACAUCUACCUGGGACAUGGGGCAGUGACUUCCACUGACAGUGAGGUGCCAGGCAGUUUUUUAGACAAACCUUACAGCCAAAGUGUAGGGUACCAAGAGCUUGAAACUUUUGUGGGUUUGUUAAAAAAGAACAUGCUAUUUUGAAACAUAAUCAGUAGUUGUUAGUGCUUUGCUACAAUAAUGAAAAUGCAUCAAUGAUAUUUUGCCUUCAUAGAGUACUUGGUAUUAUCUUCUCCAGAUAAUUUCUCUUUGUAGAGGUAUAAAGCUCCUGUUCUGAGUGGGUUUUGGACACAGGAUGCAUCCUGUAGAGCUAUGUAACACUGUUUGUACUGGGCCUACAACCAUUGCAUGACAGAGGGCAUGGAAGGAAAUUCCACGUUUUAAGGCAAGAAAAUAUUUUUGCAGCAGGCUGAUUUUCAUUUUUCUGAAUAAAUUAGGAAAUUUGUCUGGAACUGGCAGAGAAUGCAGGUGAGGUGACUGCAUGAUCAGUGCUUCUGCGCUUCACCCCAAGAGCCCUAUGCUUUACUUGGAAUUCAUCACAUGGCUCUCACACAGCUUGUCCAGAGUCUCUGCUGUCUAAAAGGAGAACAAAAUUUCUGCCAAGUUUCUUCCCCUGGGGUGACUGGGCAGGCUUUUAUACAGCAUUUUACUGCCAGUCUCCCCAAGACUGCAAAGAAUCCUAUUUCUGCUCUGCUUGAAUCAGGCUCUUAACAACAAACCAAGGUACUCUGCCCAGCUGUUCUCAUACUCAUUACACUUCCUCAGCAGAAAAAAAUAUCUAUCUGCAUUUACAGACCAUUACUCUUUUAAAAAUAAAUGUCAAGAGCUAAUUCCACUGCAUGCUUAGAAUUUUCUCUCUGUGUUUUGAAGAAUUUGUCAUCUUUGAACAAAGCUUUUAAAGUUUUUUACUCCAGCUGACCCACCAUGCAGCAGACUUCGAACAUGUUAUAUGCCUAAAUGUACCUGCUGCAGCAGAAAGCACAGAGGUAACACUGACAAAAUGAAAGUCACAACAACAGGCAUGUCUGACACCAUGUCUGGCACAUAUGCAUUUUUCUGCCAAGGCUCCUCUCCCAGUAUAGCAACUAUUUAAUUCAAGGGUAUAUGUCCCUCCCUAUUUGUCUGCUUUUCUCUAUCAGAGAUGCCCCAACAUCUACUGCCCAGUCCCAACUCACCUUCUCUCUAUAUGCAAGGGGAGAGACCACUUAACAGGAUGCCCCCCCUGCCUGGGCCAAACUUCCCUUCCCAAAGCUAUCUUUCCACCUCCCUCCUCACUGGUACAACAGAAAACCAAAGCAAGUUGGGAUGCAAAGGGGAGGAUGCUAAGUAGGUCAAUGAGCUGAUCAAGGAAUAUGGGAAACAAGUGGGUUGAUGGAAGGAUGAGGUCUCCACCGUGAUAUAAGAGCUGGGAUCCAGAUGCAAAAGCAUAGCUGGUAGAGGUGGGAAGACAGAGGGUUACCACUUUGGGUGUUUAGCACCCUCUUUUUUUCCUCAGGAGAAAGUUUAAAGCUCUGCACCUGAGUAUUCAGGACCACCUGAAAGAGGAGUGUUUCCCAACCUGGCCUCCUCCUUCACUGUGGAGGGGCCAAACCAAGGUGCAUUAUCCUCUCCUCAUCUUCACCCUGCUUCAUGUUUGCAGGUAACUCAUGUUGAGAGUGUCCCCACCUCUAAGAGCAGCUGCUGAACACUUAGUGCUGCAACAUGUACAUGGCAGGAGCCAAAGUCUCACCCUGACCUUCAUUCCUUAGGGCUGUGUUACUCUAACUGUGUUGUCUUACCAAAAUGUCUGUGACUUAAUGCAAUUGCAUGUGGAUUCUGGUAUGCCACUAUAAAAAACAAAAGCCAGUUUGAGCCUAUGCUUUCAACUGAAGUCUGGUUUUGGCAAAUCUAACCCUGUCCUUCAAGCAGCUAUCUCAAAAGCUGUUUUGUAUCAACAUUGUCCCUGAAAUAAAUUUCAGCAGCUACUAUAGCAGCUCAGAAAGAGGCAAAGACUAUUGUCAACACUAUCCAAAACA